CAACCUCUCUUGUCUUCUUCUUUCUCAUGCACCCAUUUUCAACUUUCUUAUAAGAAUUUAUUUACGAUUUAUAUAAAUUUACAUUAGAAAGAAGAGAUCGAGGUGAGUAGCUUACAAGCAGCAAUGGGGCACGUUGUUAUGACGAUCGUGUUCGUUGUUACCGCCUUGCUAACAUGUGCUUGUAUGUCCGCAUCCGACGACCGUCUUCUGGUGAACAUGACCCUAGUCCGCAACGCUGGUUCGCUUGGAGCUUAUUGCUUGGACGGUAGUUUACCAGCAUAUCAUAUACAUCUCGGAUUCGGAGCCGGGGCAAACAACUGGCUUUUGCAAUUUGAGGGUGGCGGGUGGUGUAAUGAUAUUGAAUCAUGUGCAGAGAGAGCCCAAACUCGUCGUGGAUCUACGUGUCUAAUGACCAAGUUAGAGACCUUCUCAGGCAUUCUUAGUAAUAACGCGUCUCGUAACCCUGAUUUUUACAACUGGAAUCGUGUGAAGUUGAGAUACUGCGACGGAGGAUCUUUUGCUGGGGAUUCUAAGUUCGACAACGGGACGUUACUACUUUAUUUCCGCGGCCAACGGAUUUGGCAAGCCAUCAUUGAAGAUCUUCAACCAAAAGGUUUGGGGUCGGCUGACAAGGCAUUGCUUUCUGGGUGUUCUGCUGGGGGUUUGGCGUCCUACUUGCAUUGCAACAACUUUAGCAAUUAUCUACCGGAUACUACAGCAGUAAAAUGUUUGGGGGAUGCUGGAUUCUUUAUGGACGCACCAGACAUCAGUAUAUUACAUACCCAGAGAACUUUCUUUCAACAACUUGUCACGUUACAGGGAAUAGAGCCGAACCUGGAUGAGAACUGCACAAGUUCUAUCAGCGACCCAAAACAAUGCAUCUUCCCACAGUACUUGUUGAAACACAUAACACCACCGCUUUUCAUAUUAAACUCCGCAUAUGAUGUAUACCAAUUCCACCACAUAUUAGUUCCACCAUCAGCUGAUCCACAUGGACAUUGGAAUAGAUGCAAAUUGAAUCCGAAAGCCUGCAGUGCUGACCAAAUAAGCCGUUUACAUGCUUUCAGGUUUGAAAUGCUUACAGCCGUGAGGUCAUUCUUGUUUAAUUCAUCAAGCGGAGGCGUUUUUAUAAAUUCAUGUUUUGCUCACUGCCAAAGCGAGUCACAAGACACCUGGUUUGCACCAGAUUCUCCACUGCUACUUAAUGAGACGAUUGCAGAAUCAGUUGGCGACUGGUACUUUAGCAGAAAUGUUUCUAAAAAGGUUGAUUGCCGUUAUCCAUGUGACACCACGUGCCACAAUCUCAUAGGAGCCGCGUAGCAUAUAUACUCAUCUAACAAAAUAAAAAUUAUAUACAAAAAAAGAACUUGGGAACUCUCCUGUUGCUGGAAAAAGGUUAGCUGCAGACAGAUACAGAUUAUAUAGUAAUUAGUUAGUUAAUUACUAAUUAGGACACACAAAUGUGUCCCUAUCAUUCAUUCUUCGAUGUAUACAUAUAUAUGUGUUACUUUACAUCAUUGGAUUCAGUUGCAAACAGUUGAAUAACAUAUUCUUUUUGAAAUUG